AUAAUACAUAAUGAAUAUAAAAAACAUAAUAAGGUGAAAUAAAUAAUUUCUCGUAUAACCUCAAAUUUUACUCUACCAGUGUUUUAACUAUAGUAAUGUCUAUAAGAGCAAAAGAGACAGAACAAGUCUGUAUUAUUUGAUAGGAGUAGGAAAAUGGAUAAAUUUAGUUUGUAGUUGGUAAAUUGUAAAGAUGGUUCUGAUGUCAAUUGAUCAAACAUGGAUUUAAAGAGCUGAUCGUUAAAGAGCCAGUUCAACACAGCUCAACUGUGGGUGGUGAUAGGGUUGUGUUACUUUGGAAAUAGUUUGUUGUGCGUCUCGAGUCGUCUCGAGUGACGCGAGGCUAGUUCAUUAGUCACUAGCCAAAAUGAUUUUCCCUUCUUGUGUUCGGUUGUUAAUUUUUUGUGCGUGCAUGUUAUCAGUAUUAGUGAGUUCCCAGUUAUUAAAUUCAAAUCUAAGUAGUCAAGGAUUAGCCACAAAAAUGCGAGACAUAAGUGAAGAUCUUGAUUACCAAUUACAAAAUAUCAUGGCCUCCCAGGCUGUAAACUUUACUACAGUGAAUAUGACUGGGUUACGUUAUAAUGCUAGCACUAAAUUCAAUCCUAAGGGAAUGGGACAACUGUAUAAUGUGACCAACUUAUUUAUUGACGUUAUUCAAUCUAAACAGGCGUAUCCAGAUGGUUUAAUCACAUUAAAUAACGGAGAGUUGAAGUUUGCUGACCCAGCAAAAGAAUGGAAAAUCAUAGUCACUCACUAUGGUGCAUUAGCUGGUUUAGCUGCCACGGGUCUAAUUAUUGCUGCCAUUUUUCCAUGUAUUGGCUUAUUUUUCUGUUGCUGUCGAUGUGCUGGGCAUUGUGGUGCAAGGAGCCAACCGUUUGACAAAAAACAUGACCAUUGUCGGAAAGUUAUACUUAGUAUUCUUCUGAUUGGAGUUGCGACUAUUAUAUUAUUUGGUGUUGUUUGUGCAUUCGUAACAAAUGAACACAUGCAACAGGGUACUGAAAAUUUGCCAUCAAAUGCUAAAAUUAGUUUAAAAGAUGUAGAACUCUAUUUGACUACGACCAAAGAACAAAUAAAUCGUCUUCUUAUAACAAAUUAUAAUGAACUGGAGAUUACGUUGAACAAUAUUCUUCAAGCAAGUGGACGAAUCGUUACUGAAGAGCUUGCUGUGUAUUCUCACGCUGUAUCAUUAACAAAUUUGAAUGACAUUGUUUCUGGUUUAGAUACUAUUAGACAAGACCUAAAAAUGAUCGAUAAAAUAACGCGCGAUUUAAGGACAAAUGCAAGUCAGUUAGAUAUAGUUGUUCGAGGUGUUAAAAAAGAUUUACUGCAUACUUUGUCAGCUUGUAAAAGUCACGAAUGUCAACAGGUUCUUCACGAUUAUAAAAUUAAUCAAAUGUCAGUACAAAUCGAAUUUGAUAAGCUUCCGAAUGUCUCUUCAGCUCUACGAAAUAUAACAUUAUUAAUGGAUGAAAAUAUUGUAUUAGAAGUGAGCCAAGGUAAAGAAUCAUUUUUAAGAAUUCAACGAGACAUUCAACAUGCAGUCAACAGGACGAUUCCAUUAGUUAGUGCAAGUAUCAGAAAUGCUGGUUCAUCGUUAGCAAAUAUUUCAAAAAAUAUCACUUCACUCAUUGAUCGGAUAAAUAAAGAUAUAAAUAAAGUAUAUAUACCACAUUUGAAGAUUGCUCAAAUUCAUAUCGAAAAAUAUUCCAUUUACAGGUACUAUUUCGGUCUUGGAAUUUCUGGUGUUCUCUUAACAGUUUUGAUGUGCUUGACAUUUGGAUUAUUAUGUGGUAUUUGCGGAAAACGACCUGACGGCUAUGGUGAUGAUUGUUGUAAUAAAGGUUCCGGUGCACGCUUUCUUAUGAUGGCAGUAUGGAUAAUUUUCCUAUUGACAAGUGUUUUACUAGUCAUCACAGCGGCGCAUAUGGUCACAGGCGUCAUUACUCAUCGUGGAAUUUGUGAGCCUUUGAAGAAUCCCAACGACAAUCGUUUAUUCCAAUUAGUGGAUGACUUUGUUCAAAUUAAACAUCUUCUUUAUCCAAGAAAUCCAAAAGCUGAUAUUAAUAUGAGCUGGAUAUUGAAUAAAUGUCAUGCUAAUAAAACCAUAUAUGAGGUUUUGAAACUUGAAAACGUGAUAAAAUUAGAAUCACUACGUGAUUAUAUUGAAGAUUAUGCAAUUAGUAGUACCAUUGACCGACUUAAAGAUAUGAUUAAUCUUUCACCUGGAAUUGUGAUUCUCACGGAAAGUGCCACCUCUAAACUCAAUGAUUUAGCUCAAAGUGGAUUAAGUGAUAUUAAAUUUUAUCAAUAUGCAGAACUUUUAAAAGAUAAUAUAACUAAUAUUAAUUUAGAACAUCUUGGAACAAAAUUAAGAGAAGUUGCAAAUCAUUUAUCCUAUGAACAAGCAGACGUUCGAGAAAGUUUGAUCAAAAAUGCUCAUGAUUUGAUGCAUUACCAUAAUGAUUUGGUCACUCCAAUGGCUAUGUUAAGCGAAAAACUCAGCGUAAACGCACUUACUCUUGAAGAACAUAUCAAAUUUAAUCAUGGGUCUAUGUCAGAAGCAAUUCAUAGUUUAGUUAAUGAAGUUAUUGCUGCUCAAGUAUUUCUUAAUAAAGAUGGACCGAAAUAUGUUCAAGUGCUUGCUACCAAGUUUAGUGAAGCAUUCCUUCAACAAGUAAAUGACUUUUUAGAGCAUUUAAUAAACACUGCCAGAAAUGAUAUCGGUAAAUGUGGACCGGUUUCUAAUGCCUACAACGCUACUAUAGUUGCUGGAUGUAAUAAAGUCCUUGAUCCUUUCAAUGGAUUUUGGAUUAGCGUUGGUUGGUGUCUAAUCUUAUUCAUUCCAACAAUAAUAUUAUGUGUUAAGUUAAGCGCUCUUUACCAAAAAUCGGAUCCUUAUCCUGGACCUCUUGUUGAAUCUGAAUACUUAUAUGAUGCAUAUGCUGAAAGAGAUAAUAUGCCACUUGCUCAUAUCCAUGAGAAAAAACGGGGUAAUCAUAGCAGACACCAUCCGCAAUUGUAUGUGGAAAGUUAUGAUGGUCCUGCUGCAGGCGGCUACAGUGGACGAGAGAGAACUGUAGACGCUCAUCAAGGAACGUCACAUCAUUUUCCACGGAAUGCUGAUUUCACCCCUAAAAAUUGGGAUUUUCCGAGUGAUGGACCACCGAAAUACCAACCACCACCAGGAGCACCACCUCUGAGUACUGAAUACGAACGUCCACCUCCGUACUAUUACCCAGGAUAAUUUUACUGUAUAAAUUUUCGACUUUUCAAAUUUACUCUCUAUAUAUAGUAUAAAUUUUGGAAUUUUUUUUGUUUGUUUUAUAACAUUUAAUCUGCAUACGACUGUUAUUAAAUUUCAUAGAUAAAAAUACUUUUUGUGAUAACCUUUUACAAUUUCAGUUCUAUAUGAUGAUUUUUGUAGCAAUAUUAAUAUAAAAUAUCUUUAUUGUUGAAUAAGAAUGAUCAUGAUUUAAAAUCAUGACUAUUUAUACCUAUGGAUUGCUUUAAUCAUAUUAAAAGUAUGUAUAACAUUAAUUACUAAUUUGAAAGUUAUAUGAAUUUGUAAAGGGUCGAAUAAAUUGAUAAGAAUGAGAAAAAAAAGACAAAAAAGAAGAAAAAAAAGGAAUGUGGCAUGUGUAUUUAGCUUAAGACUGAAUAUAAAUAAAAAAAACGGUAAUACUCGUUUCAAAAAUAA